AACUUGCGAGCUCUGAACAAUAUCAAUUCCAAUUUGUUUUCACAAUUCUCAGCGAAAGCAAAACCUUAAUACGGAAUAUACAUUAAAUUUGAUUCAAUAAUCGUCAGCAUGCAAACUCCAGAGGAUCAAAUAUUUACCUGCGGCUUUGAGGUGUUCGGCGAGGUGCAGGGCGUGCGAAUGCGCAAAGCAACCCGCUCGUUGGCCCUGGCGAACGGGGUGCGCGGCUGGGUGAUGAACACGGAUCGCGGAACUGUUACCGGCGAGCUGGAGGGCACACUCCCAAAGGUGAACGAGCUAAAGUUCUGGCUGCUCUGCUUUGGCAGCGAGAAGGCGGUCAUCGAGCGGGCCGAGUUCACGCCCACAAAGGAGAUACCUGUGCACAGUUUCGAUAGCUUUACCAUACGCUAUCAUUCAGAUCGGCGGGAGGAGCCCCAGGUCGUCUAGAGUUCAUGUCUCGGAAAGUUUUGGCGUUGACAAAAUUAAUUGAUUGUUGAUCGUUUGUGUGUGUUGUACAUGAAAUAAACCUGGUUCAGAUCCCGA